UGCAUGUGGAGAAUCAGAUUGAAAGAGCAAUCAAAAACAGCUGUUAAAAUUUAUGUUUUUUAAUAAAUUUAUAAAUUUGCAAUGCUUACAAUAAAUGAAUUAAGUUACAUCAUUUAAAUAAUUGCAAAACUGAAACUUACUAAUUUUGUGUACCCACAAGUUUAUCAGAAAAUAAUGCCGUCGGUUGCGGCCGCCGUCACACAGGAAACUGAAGAUCCCGUAGAGCUGAUGCUCAAGAAAACUGGCUGCAUAGAAUUACACUACAAAGUACAAGAGUGCAUUGCGGAAACAGGCGAUUGGCGACGCUGUCAAGAGGUAGUAAAAGAUUUUAAACAU